AUGGCACCGAAAAAGAUCAUCAUCGAUACCGAUCCCGGUAUCGAUGACAUUCUUGCCCUUCUUUUGGCAUUUUCCGCCGAGCCUGAGGAUGUUGAAGUUCUCCUAAUUUCCCUUACAUUCGGUAACAUCGAGGUGAAAAGCUGCCUGCGCAAUGUCGUCUCCAUGUUCCACAUCCUUGAGCGGGAGAUGAAAUGGCGUCGAGAGCAAGGUCGGCCAGAAGGGUUUGGUACUCUCCGCGCUUCUCCUCCAAUCGUUGCUGUGGGUGCAGAGAAUCCUUUGGAGGGUCAAACGAUGCUCGCAGAUUACUUCCACGGUACGGACGGGUUGGGAGGUAUUCAUGCCAGUCAUCCCCACCUCACUCCAAAAGAAGCUUGGGAGCAUCUCUUCGACCCUUCACCUGAUUCCCGCGAGAUCAAACCCGUCCCAGAGGGAGAUCCAGCUCAUCGCUCAUUCAUUCCUUCCAAGCGGCCCGCACACGAAGAGAUUCUCCGUAUCUUGAGCGAGAAUGACCCUGACACCAUCACUCUCGUGGCAGUUGGUCCCCUUACUAAUCUUGCGUUGGCAUCUGCUGCUGACCCGGAGACUUUCCUCCGAGUCAAAGAAGUAGUGGUGAUGGGGGGAGCAAUCAACAAACCUGGAAACGUUACCCCAGCUGCAGAGUUCAACGCAUACGCUGACGCAGUUGCUGCAGCAAGAGUCUAUGCUCUCACGUCGCCUUCUCCCAGAAGCACUCUGCCGCCCGCGACGAGUCUCCCCGAAUACCCUCCGAGCCUUAGCAAGCAGCUCACUCUUCGCACGUUUCCCCUUGAUAUUACGCUGAGACAUGGUGUGACGCAAGGCCAGUUCCGGCAAAUCAUUACGCCGCUUCUGGAGGGUGGAUCACCUUUGGCUGAAUGGGUGGCUGCCUUUAUGGCCCAUACUUUCCGUACGCUGGAAAGACUACAUCCCGGGCACGUGGGCGAUGCCGCGGACCUUAGUCUGCACGACCCUGUAUGUGUUUGGUAUGCUAUGACCGCUGAAGAUGGAGGGUGGAAGCCUUCAGCGACGUCACCAGAAGACAUUCGCAUUGAGACUACUGGCCAGUGGACGCGGGGCUUGUGCGUUGUCGACCGACGAAACCGGCAUCGCAUCGAGGCCGAUGAAGAGAGCGCAAAUGAUCACGGCCUGUGGCUAAGCCUGAGGGCUGGGAACCGCGUGUGGAGAAUGGAUAGCUCCCCUGUGGAAGAUACCUUUGGUGAGGUACUCCUCCAAAGACUGUUCACUUGA